AUGUCUGGAUACACCCCUGAGCUCGACUCCGACGUCCCAGGGCCCCGCUCCCCGUCCUCCGAUCCAUCCGUCACCUCCGCCUCAGCGAGUGCCCCACGUCGCCGCGGACGCGCUCAUCGCGCACUGCCCCACCUCGCCACCCUCGACGUCUUCUUCCAUCUCGACUGGGCCGAGCUCAGCAGCUACACCACGGCGCUGCGCCCGCCCAUCCCGUCCUGGCCCCCUCUCCGCGCGCUCACCGUGCACGCCGCGACGGACCUCCCGCUCGUCGCGGCCCGCGUCGGGCGCUGCGAGGCGCUGAAGCUCGCGAUCGCCGACCUCCGCGUGGGCUGCGACCCGCCGCGAGGGAGCGGGGGUCUGCCGUGGUUCGAGGACAGGGCGGGCCCGGCACGGCUCGCGAUGGCGGCCAAGGUCGGCGACGGGGGGCUCGGCGGUGCGAGGUUGUGGGCGGCCGUCGGGAAGAGCGCCCGGGGCCUGCGCUCGCUCGUGCUCACGUUGGAGCGGCGCGACGCCGGGGGGUCGCGCGUCGAGGAACGGGACGAGAGCACGGAUGUCACGGAUCUGCCGGGUGCGCUGGCGACACUUCCCGGGCUGGAGCAUCUCAGCUUAUGGGUGGCGAAGGCGCAGGAAGAUGGCGGCGAAGUGGACACGGAUGAAGGCGAUGAGGGCCUGGAGGAGAUCCGAAAGCUCUGA